GUCGUAAGGGCCGACAGGAACUGGCCGUGGGUUUUACGGCCGCGGCGGCCGCGCUUGGCGGCGGCGGAGCGGGAGCUGCCCAGACGCGGCGGAUAUGGCCGAGGUACCGCCGGGGCCUAGCAGCGUCCUGUCCCCGCAGGGGGACACGCUCUCCCCCUUCCCCGGAGGAGGAGGAGGAGGAGGGGGGGCUGCUUCCUCCUCCUCCUCCUCCGCCGCCUCCUAUGCCGCCGCCGCCGCCGCCUGCACCGGCGCCCAGGACGAGGAGGCCGAAGAGGAGGAGGAGGAAGAGGAGGGACCCGCGGGCGGACGGGAGCAGCAGCAGCGAGGAGGAGGAGGAGGAAGCGACGGCGGCAAGGGGGGCCCGCAGCACCGCCACCACCACCGCCACCAUCACCACCCCCCGCACCACAACCACCAGCUCAACGGCCUCAUCAGCCCCGAGCUGCGGCACCUGCGGGCCUCCCUCAAGGGCAAGAUCCUCGGCUCGGAGGCAGGGGCGGCCCCCGAGGGGCUGGAGAACAAGCGAGCCAGCAAAACAAUGGGCUCCGGACAGCAGCAGUCGUCGCCCCCCACCGCAGCGCCCUGCUCGUCCCCCCACGCCAACCACCUCCCUCCCCAGGGAAGGACUGCACCCUCUCCUCCUCCUUCUCCCCCAGCUAAAGGGGACAGGAGCCAGCCUGCUGCCACAACCACGGCUGCUGCUGCUAAGACUGCAGCCCGCAAUGGGCUGGCAGGAGAGACUGGCUUGGAGGAGGAAGAGCAGGAGGAGGGGGAUGAAGGAGGGGAGGAGGAGUCCCUGCAGCUACUCUCCGGGUCCUUAGCAGCAGCGUGCAGUUUGAAAGGCUCGGGAACGGACUGUCAGCCCGAGGAGGACCUAACGAUACGAUACGUCCAGUAUGAGUCAGAGCUGCAGAUGCCCGAUAUCAUGAGACUGAUCACCAAAGAUCUGUCUGAACCCUACUCCAUUUACACAUAUAGGUAUUUUAUCCACAACUGGCCACAACUUUGCUUUUUGGCCAUGGUAGGUGAGGAGUGUGUAGGUGCCAUCGUCUGCAAGCUGGAUAUGCACAAAAAGAUGUUCCGCAGAGGUUAUAUAGCCAUGUUAGCAGUGGAUUCCAAAUACAGAAGAAAAGGAAUUGGUACAAACUUGGUUAAGAAAGCUAUUUAUGCUAUGGUUGAAGGAGAUUGUGAUGAGGUUGUAUUGGAAACAGAAAUCACAAAUAAGUCUGCUUUGAAACUUUAUGAAAACCUUGGUUUUGUGCGAGACAAGAGGCUGUUCAGAUACUAUUUAAAUGGAGUGGAUGCACUGCGUCUGAAACUGUGGCUGCGUUAGGAGACCCCAUCCCAGCCAGCAAGCAACGUCCCAGCAGCGCAGAGUUGUCCUUUGCAUGCAAUGCAAUUUGUCCCAAAUUGCUUUGCAAGGUGGACUUUUAGUACUUUCCAUGCAGCUCUUAAACCUGUCAGUGUCCCAUUGAGUGUCGCACACAUUCGUUGCACUUUGGCAUGGCGCAUUUGUUCCGAAUUAAAGCCGAUUGUCUCAGACUCCGAGUCCUUUUGGUACCAGCCAGAUGUGCCAGGUGAUAGCCAAGAUAUGUUCAUUCAUUUGCAAGUCUGCUGACUCUUUAGGACAUCCACACAGUGAACGUUUUAGCAGAGAAAACCUGGAUGGGAACGCCGCUUUCGGUUCCCGAAAAUUCAAAAUAAAGCCAAUGUAGAUUGUAAAAUUCUAUAAGUAUACUAACAUUUCAUACAAAAAUUGCCAUAGUUUUCUGGGGAAGAAGAAGAAAAAGGAAAAAAAAAGGCUUCAAUUUUAGGUUUUAUUUUUCAAUAUUGAAUUUUUCCAUUCUUAAAUAUUGGUACCUCAGUGAUUAGUGAAUGAAAAAAUGUAUUGUAGGGUGGGGUGUGUGUUACAACGAGUAACCAUUAAAUUGCGUCUGCCAGUGCCUGUAUAGAUAAGUAUAUUUGUCUUCACCUCUAAGUUUGGAGUGCAUGCUUUUAUUCUUUUACUUUCUUCAGUUGUCUUUGCAAGGAAAAAAAAAAAAUCUGCUUUUAUUUAAAUUCUGGAUUUGAUAAUAAAUUAUUUCAGAUUUUUAUAAUUCGGAUACUUCUCCCAAACAAGGGUUUGGAAGGCCCUUUUUAUAGCAAGAAGUGUAAGCUAUUUUGAAAACCUUGAGUAGCUGCUAAAAGAACCUGGUGGCACCAGUGAAUCUCUGCUGGGUUUGGAUGCACUUUUGUCAUUAAAAGAGUGAGGGACUUCUUUUAAAAGAAGAUAUAGAAAAUUAAUGUAAAUUGGUAUGAUUUUUAUUUAAUCAAAAUUAUUGCUAGAAGCUCUGAGAAACAGCUAUUUUAAGAUAGUUGGAACAAUUUUUUUCAGAUUCAGAUUGCUUUGCUUCAGUGUUCUAAAAUGCUUCAAUCUUUGGUUCUUGGUCUUGGAAGUGAAUUUCAAGGUGUAUAAUAUUCAUUUUCAGCUGCUCAUUUUCUCAACUUACAUGAGCUAAAUUAUUGGGGGAUUUUUUUCCCCUCUGAAAUCAAAGCAGUGGGGAAGGAAUUCUGUCUCUCUUUCUUGUCUUUCUUGCAUUCACUCUUGCUCUGUUUUUCUUUUUUUUUUUUUCCUUUCUUUAUUCUUACAUAGGUUUUACCAAUACCCAUCAAUUUUUUUCAGUAAUGACAGCAUCGAGGCUUUCUUGUUCUGUGUGAUUCCAUAGCCCAGGUCUAUGAAUCAGUUGGGUUGGGUUUUUUUGUGGGGUUUUUUGGUUUUGUUUUGUUUUGUGGGGUUUUUUGGGGGUAUUUUUUUUUUUUUUUUGAAGACAAAAAUAAAGUUAUUAGGUGACUUGUGGAAGCACCUCUGUAAUCAGAGAUCUCAGAAUAUUCAGAGUUGGAAGGGGCCCACCAGGAUUAAGUCCAGCUCUGAGGUGGAUGGUCCUUAGAGGGAUCAAAAGGAUGAACUCUCAGUGAAUCCACUCAUGGAACCGAGCGAAUUCUCCAGAUUUGCCUUACUACACUUUUUUUUUUUUUUCCUUUUUAGGGUUUGGUUUGAGUCAUGGGGGUGGUUUUGGGGGUUUUUUUGUUUGUUUGUUUUCAUUUUUGCUAAUUACUGUACACUAAAAGCAAAACCAACAAAACCCCUACCUCCAGUAUCAUUUGGAAAAGAGCCCUGUGCAGGAAAACUGGAUUUGAGCAAAGCCGCCUUUUGCACAGACCAAUCACACAUGGUGAUGGACAUUUCUUACCAUGUACAAAUCAUGAGUUGUAUUUGAAAAUAAAGAUUUUUAAUGGAAGUUGGCCCUGCUGAGUUUUCUGCUUGUAGAGACACCAUCUGUGCUGUCGAGGGGGUCUGUUCCCUUCAGUAAAGAAAACUCAUCUUUAAAAGGGUGCCCAAGACAAAGUGUUGUAAGUGAGGUCUGUUACUCCCAGGACAUUCUGGAGCUCAGCCUAAAGCCUGUGUGUAGCCACUGCUGCCUUGUGACACCAUAAAACCUCUUGUUACCCUGCUCCCUCAGGGCUGCCAGUUCUUCUGGGUGGCUUUUCAGCAGUUUUGAUCAGUGUUAAGACUUCAAUGUUGGACUCAAUCCCUUGAGUCAGGUUUCCCUCAGCUGUGGUCCAGGACGUAGGGACUGCCCUGGAGCUGGAUCAGGAAGGUUUCAGACCUUGCAAGCAGCUGCUGGGCUUGAUUCACAAAUUGCAAACUGGGCUGCCUUGUGUGUCUUGCUGGGGUUUCAGUCUGCAAAGCCAGACAGGCAAGUUUUCUAUUGGUUAAUACCUAAGCCGUGGGUGUCUUCAGAUUCAAAAGCCGACUGGCAAGUGAGCUGAAAUCCCUCCUCACUGCCAAAAACAUCCCUCUGGAGCAGACUUCAAAUACAAUUCUGGUUGGUUACUGUAAGAAGUGGUUGCUGCCAUGCCUGUGUUGAAAAUACUGAGCAAAAUAGGUGGAGACCUCUCUUUUUUUGUUUUUCAAAGGGUACAUGUCCUGAAAGGUUCUGCCAUUGCUGCUGCGUCACAGAGUUCACUGCAGGAGACACUGAGCUGCGUGUGCUGGGUCCUGUCAAACAGAUUUGUUCUCUGUGCUGCUUGGGAUUAGGAAAUCAAGUGGGAAGCCUUGAAUUUGCAUAGGUUUUCAAAAGGAAUCUAGCAAGGAAAGGUUGGUUAUUUCUCCUGUCUGUUGCUAAACACAGUUCUCUCCCCCUCACCUUUCUGCAAUGACAAAUCUAACUAAGGAGUUGAUUGCUUUUAUAUUUAAAUUUGCCCAGAUGUUGCUACUGGCUGACAUGUCAGUCUGGAUGUUUGCAUUCAUUAUGUUGUUUUUUUAAAGAAAUGAUCAGGUUCAUCACCUUCAAGGCAUCAUCAGAUUGGUGUUGCAGAGUAUGUCACAAACUAUUUUUCAGGGCACUGCAAGACAUUGCUACAACUCAGUGCUGUGUUGAAAAAACUUCAGGUCUUGUAUAAACAUUACGACCUGUAUUGGAGUUCAGGUAUCAGGUGGGCAUCUAUGAAAAUAGCAAGUGUAUCUCAAAAGACUGGACUGCUGUUUUGAGUGGAUUAUAUUCUUCUGUCCCUUUAUCCUUUUUGAUGAGAACAAAACCAGUGGGGUUACAAAAUGUACAAGUUGUCUAAAUACAAUGCAGUCAAAUAAAUGGUUACGUUGUUUAUCUAUUUCCUUUUCAA